CAGUGUAUCUUUGAAAUCCUGCCUUACCCAGCUUAUUCACCAGACCUAGCCCCCCUCAGACUUUUUUCCUGUUUCUUAAUCUUAAAUAAUCACUCAAAGGACGUAAAUUCCAUGACAACGAGUGCGCCAUUGAAGCUGUUGAUGUUGAAGGCUGGUUAGGGGCCCAUUCUGGGUCAUUUUUCUCUCAAAGACAUUUGAAGGUCAAAGAAAGGUGGCAGAGAUGUGUUACUCUGCUUAGUGACUAUAUAUAUAGAAAUAAAAGUAUGUGUGCCAAGUUCCAAAGCUCUAUCUUUAUUCCUUCAUACUUAAACCAAAGAUUUCUUGACCCCCCCCCCUCGUAAGGCACUGGGUCAUGUGAAAUUAAGGUUGACUAGCAGCUAGAUCUUUUUUUUUCACAAUGGCAAUGGGCAUGUAAAAUUUGUUUUUCAAACAGUGUACUUUUUACGUUACACAUUCAGCAUAACACUGGCUCUGUUCGUCACAAGAUGAACAAACUUGUUCUUUUCCUGCACCAGUGAUGCAGACAAGUUAGGGAUCAUUUUCUCUGGCCACAACUUUUCGAAAAGGGGCACAGUGCUGAUUUGGAGAAUCCGUAGUGUAGGCUACACUGAAGCCGACAUUCUUCGAACCGACCCAACCAACCAGACCCGAUGAGAACCUGCCAAUGAGAACCCGAUAUUAAUUAAUAGAAUACAGUACGAGAUCCCGGACGCAAGCAUAUUCGCGGUUUCGGAGAACUGUCUCUUUGUCCUGGCUUGGGUAGCACACCAGCCACAAGCGGUACAAGUUCAAGACUGGAACAUAAUUCAAUUGAUCGAUUUUAAGUGCAAGAUGGAAUUUCUCAAAGCUCUCGAAGAAGCCAAGUCGAGCGGAGUGGAUGUGAAAACAUUUUCCCUUAUAUGGAAAAUGGAAGCCGAAUCGAAACUUUUGCCUUUGGGAUCAAGUGCCCCGUCCAGCCCGGGUCAUGGCCCCUCAACUACAGCGGACUCAGCGCCCCCUACUUGUGAAAGUAAUGAACGCCUUUCGGACCCACACAUCCCAACCGUGGAGGAAAGCAUGAUGUGUGUGACAUCAGAGCUGUCCUCGCUCAAACAGUUUUGCCAGGACAUGGCAGCAGACGUGGGUUCCCUCAAGAAGCUCUGUCAGACAGUGUCCUCCAAGCAACAAACUGUCACAGGUCUCUGCAAACAAAUGAACUCUCACCUCGACAAGAUCGGAUGUAUGUACGAGGUCGUGUCUACAGACACAAAGAAAGUAAAAGAACUUUGUUCAAAAAUUACCAGGGACACAGAUUCUUACAAAGGCACUUUGACGAGCAUUUAUUCCUACACAAAGUCCACUCAUGAUCUGUGCUCAAAGAUGGUUGUCAGUCAGAAGGAUAUGAUUUCUCAGUGCAAAGGAAUCGCAGAAACCCAGAAGUCACUCAAAGAGAAUUGCGAUCAGAAACUCGCUGGGCAGAAAGAGAUGAAGGAGACAUUUCAGAAGGCGCAGUCCCAGCCACAGACUGGUGAAGAAACCCCCGACAAGACGCCUCCCGCAGACACAUAUGACAUCAGCAUACGUAAACAGCUGGAAGCCAUUUUACAAGCCGUUCACGAUCUGGAGAAGAACAUAAUAUCUUGGCAACAAAACACGGCACACGAGCAUUUUGAUCAAGUAGCAAACGACCGGAAGUCUAUCCAGAAAACGUUUCAACAGUUUCGUUCAGAUAUCGGAGUUCUACGCAGCGACUUCCGGAAACAGCAGGGUCAGUGGCCUGAUAUGCUAAGUUCUUGUGUGCGUGACGUCACGAGGAAUGAACAAAACAGUCUUCUGGACAGAUUGAGUCAAUUGGAAAACUCGCUGGCGGAUUUCUCAGUUCAACAACAAAAAGCGCUUGGGCAAAGUUUUGAGGCGCUUGUGGAAAACCCCUUGAGGAAAAUGCUCAAUGAAUCCAAACAAUUUAUGGAAAAACUUUUCAAGCAGGCGAAAGUUUGUCCUGCUGCAGACGACGGUUUCAGUUCCAAGGACUGUUCACAAAAAACACUACGCCCAGACAAAAGUACCGCGGAGAGAAAGAAAGAGAGCGAGAAAGAGAGCGAGAGCGAGAGAGAGAGAGAGAGAGAGAGAGCGAGAGAGAGAGAGAGAGAGAAAGAGAGCAAAGAGUACGUGACCACAAAGUCUGAUUCAGCUAAAAAAUCACAAAGCAACCCAAUGAAUUUUGUGGACGAUAGAAACCAGUGUCGCUGGCGUAUAUUCCACUUCAAACAUUUAGCCAGAACACAGUUCCUUUUAAAAGGACCAAGCAUUCACGUCGCUGGUUUUUCUUUCCGCUUCUAUCUGACGAUUAAGAAAGACAUGACCUUUGUUUUAGCUUUGAAGUCAACCAAUGAAGAUCAGUUUGAGCAAGUGAAAAGCUGGCCCCUUGUUUUGAAUGUAGUAAUCGAGUUAAUUGACGAUAUCAAAACGGGAGAAACGGAAGUUUUAUGUAAAAAAGAAAUGAGCAUACAGAGGAAACCUUGCUAUCACGACAAUGCGCUGUGGAUUGACGAUGUUGCUAAACUCAGAUUGUUUCCACAUGGAGAGAAAAAUGAAGUCUGGCUUAGGGGAAGCGUUUACUACUUGAGGCGUUGACCCUCCGCAUGAUACAUACUGUAGUGUAGUCAACAAUACGCGGCGCAACCUAUUGUCAACUAUCAAAAAUUAGACUCUCCAGCUUUUGCACAAUGACUUGUAUCACUUUGUCUCAACAGAUUAACACCCGCUCGCUGUAUUUUUGAAAAUUCCUUAAAAAACACGAACAAAAAACCCCAGUGGGUGAUUUUGAAAAGUGUACAUCCCUUGACCUUGACCAUCAAUGAUUUAUUUAUAGAGGCACACGCCAACCAUGUCCAGGUGCUGUUUUAGCUUCUUUUUCCUUUUUGCGGAUUAAUAUUCUUUUUUUUCCUUCCAAUUUAUUGGUUUCGCUUCCAUGUACCCCGUAUCUAUGGUUCUCAACCUGGAAAUCGCCUAUAAUUCGCUGUAAUCCCCCCCCCCCCCUUUUACCAUUUCUCAUCACCCCUCCCCCCUUAUAGCGUCAUCAUUUAUGCUACCGUCCAUUUUUAUCGAUAACACGGUUAAGGGCAGUAUUAAUGAUAGUUAAGAAAAAUUAAAAAUUAAAUAAAUAAAUAAAUGCAUAAAUAAAAAUAAAGAAAUACAUC